AGAGAUCCGCUUUAGGUGCCUUCACCCCUGUCCGAGCUGCCAGCCGCAGCCCUGGUCAACCUGGGAGCGUCACACCAUCGGGGAACAACUCCAGGCGCUUGAAUCAUGAGACCAGCUUAGCCAAGAGUGCCAGGAAAAAUUUAAUGGACAAACUGAGCAGUGUGGCCAGACAGGUCAGGAGGAUAGGUCAGAGGUCCGAGGGUCAGUCCAAUCGGACAAGGGUGAAGACACAAAAGCAGGAGGUUAAAAUGUUGGAAAGAAGAGGAAGGAAAAGAAAAUCAGAAGAAGAAAACAGAGGAAGAAAACUGAUGAGGAGGUCUCAAAAAGAAUUAAAAUCCAAAAGGCGGGUAAGUCUGCGGCUUAGGGAAAUAUCUAGGUCAGUCAGCGGACAUUCUGCAAAGUCACAGCUAACAAGUAAGGGGGCCGAUGAGGUUGAAAGUGGGAAAGAAGCGAAGAAAGUGGAGGAAGUAGAUGUUCACAGAGAAGUGAAGCAACGGAAGAAAAAUGACAGAAAGAAUGUCAAGAAGUUCACCGAGUUGAAACCAAGAAGUUCAUACAAAAUACGUCCAUUAGAAAGAGUUCGAACGAGAGGGUAUAGUUUAUUGCUGGCGUCCAAGUUAGCUCUAAAGAGAGCAAAAAGAGAAAAUUCUGCUGUCAAGAAUAAAACUAAAACAGAAUCAAAAACAGUUGAGGAAGGGGAGAAAACUAUGUCAAGAAAUGUCCAAGUGGAGAAGUUGUCUGCCGGUGGUAGGAAGAUUCAGGAUCAAAGUCCAGAUGAAGGUAGUAAAGUCACGGUACAGCCAUCAGAUCACACAGAGGAACCCAGGAAGAUAGGAGCUGUCAGGACCAAAAGCACUGAGACUGUGAUCACACGGCAAAACAAGGAUCUUAAGGAUAUUAUAUCACCAAAGAAAACACCACCCAAGAAAGGUAAGGUCUUAAUGAUAAGCAUUUGGUUCAAGAGUAUUUUCCAGGUUCUGUUUAUUACUUUAUUUUUUUGUCUCUUAAAAUUAUUAUUUUUUAGUUAUAAAGAGAGAUAACUCAUUAGAGAUUUUGUGCCUUCUAUUUUAACUAAGGGUAAUUUUUAAAAAUGUUUACAUUGUCUUUUUCUCCAAUAAAAAUGUAAUUAAUGCUUAAUCAUCAUGGUCUUUCAUCUUUGCCCUUUCUUUGCAGUAUAGUUAUGAUGUUUUGUAUUGUUUACAUAAAAUUAAGGAGUCAGCAAUGUUUUCUUUUUAAAAUGCCAUUGUGAAUAGAUUUUACUAAAAAUUAAGUUAUGUACAGGUAUUCUUUGUUCUGCAAAAAAGAAUGUUAUGUUCUUAACCCCAAUUGAUCCAUUAUGCAGAUUAAAGUAAAAUUGCAGAGAAGUAUUAAAAAAAUUUUUAAUAAAAUAUAAAUGCUAAUUUAAUUCAAGUAGUAUGUACAAGUUUAAUUGAAAUCUAAAAUGUAUGUAGAAAUGAGUUUAUUUCAACUCUGAACCAAGAACUGUAAUUCAUCGUUUUGAUUGGUUUAAACUUGAAUACUGUCACUUCAAAACUCCAUGUUGUUGGUGCUAGAAAGUAUAUGAUGCACACCUACAGGUGACAUUGGUACUCUAUCAAAAUCAAACUUUCUAUGUCUCUUUUAACUUAAUCUGAGGAAAGUCAAUGAGAUCUUGUAUACCUUUUUUUAGAAAUGUACAAUUCUGCUGCUGGUCUCUACUGCUGAAAUCAUCUUUUGAACCCUUUAUCCUUCCAGCCAAACUUUCAUCCUCACCAUCGCCACAUUCAUCAUCUGACGAGAACACCAUCCCAACCUUCCAUCCUACUGAGGCGGAGUUCGCUGAUCCGUUGGCAUAUAUUAAUAAAAUCCAGCCGAUGGCAGAGCCUCAUGGCAUGUGUAGGAUAAUCCCACCGCCCAGCUGGAAGGUAUGUUACUGCUAAAUUGUUCUUUUUCUCCAUAAAUCUUAAAUACAAAACCAGCUAUAAAUUCUGAUAAGUGUUUAUCUGAAUUAUGAUACUCAAUGUGUGACAGGUUUCAAAGACUAAUGCCCUAGAGUAGAGAAUAAAGCAUUAGGCAAUUAUAUUUUCAUUACAUACAAGAAUGAACAUAGAGAUUUCAAAGGAUACUUGCUUAACCAACUACUUUUUCUGUACCACAGCUUGAUAGCAAUAAAAUUGGUGAUGAUGUCAGAUUCACCCCUCAAGUUCAACAAAUUCACAGACUCCACAAGAGGUAAAAUUAUUUCUGUUUCAUAGUUGAAAAAACAAAUAUAAAGGAAUAUUCCGUUUCUUCUCUUAGAUGUAUACUUCAACACUUACAAAGAAAACUCUUCAAAUUUUUGUUUUUCGUUUUUGUAACACUAGAUGGGGACCAAAUGUCCAACAUAGUGCAGCAAUAAACCAACAUCUACUUUCUGAGAAUUCUAACAUUUCCACAACGCCUCAGGUAAGUUGUUUUUAUAACAUCUGGAUCAAAGUGGAUGUAGACAAUAGCUUUCCCACACUAAGCUAUCAUUCAUUUGAUUUAGGAAGUUGGAAUUGAUCCCUUAAAUCUGUCUGAAGACAAUUUGAAGUUCUCAGCUCUAUUCACUAGGAUCAUUAGUGACAAAGACUUAGCAAUUGGGUAUGUCCAAUUUUUUUGUAAAACAGAGUAGCUUGCCCUUGGACAUCUCACAAUUUUUCCAUUUCUGGGGAGUUGCUAAUUCCUGUUUCAUUAAUUUUUCUGUAUUUAAAUCUAGUAGCUUAAGUAGACCUUAUUUAAACAGAUCCAAAAAUAUAAUUUUUUAAAAUAUACCAGUUUUUCAGUAUGAAUAAUUUAUUUCCUUUUAAUUCAUAGUAUUUUCAUCCACGCCAUGUUUAACUAGCCAUACCAUGGCAGCAGCGACCAAUGAUAUUAAAACAGAACAACCUCACUUUCUCUUUUCUUCCCGAAAAAAAUUAAUUAUUUUUCCCAUUAAAAUAAUUCAUCUCAAAAACAAUUGUAACCUUGUAAAAUUUCAUUGAACAUAUUUGAAAUGAAUAUUUAUUAAAGAUUAGUAGUUGAUUGAAAGUCAUUUAAAUUGUUAGAUAACAUAAUAUAAUACAUAUCUUGUUUCACUAUUUAUUAUUAUACUUUUAAAUUUAAAAUAAAGGAAUCCAUAAACCAUAAUUUUGAUACAACCUUUGUUUCCCUGUUUUUGUUGCAGAUUGGAGGGGUACAAGUAGAUCUACCUCAGCUUUACCAUCUUGUAGAGGAAUCUGGUGGACCAAAGAAAAUGUCAGACAAAAAACAUUGGGCCAGGGUUGCUGACGUUAUGAAUAUUCCAAAGCAGGUUUGCUUCAAUUGUGAACAUGACUGGAGAUUUAGGAUUUUAAUGAUAUUGGAAAGAAAAAGUCCAAAUUUGAUUUGCCUCGGGUCAAAGUUAUUUCAAUCCUGGUGGUCACCAUGCACCAGCUACAGUGGUGUCAUGAUGGUCACCAUGCACCAGCCACAGUGGUGUCAUGAUGGUCACCAUGCACCAGCCACAGUGGUGUCAUGAUGGUCACCAUGCACCAGCCACAGUAGUUUUGUAUACUAUUGAUAGUAAACUUGAAAUGAAUCAAAGCUAUUUUUACGAUCCAACUGGUAUAAAGGAGAGUGUGUUUUAAUUUUAUGUCACAAGACAAGUGCUUCACCUACACUAACUGGGAGUGCUAACACAGACUGGAUGUGUAACACAAAAAAAUGUUCCAUUUGAUUAGUGUGAGAUGCCGUGGUACCGCUGACUCAACUGACAGCUGUUUACUUCUGCAGGCCAUGGACAGGACAGUUCGACUGUAUGACAUCUACUGCCAUCAUGUAUUUCCAUAUGCAACACUGUCCAAUGAGGAGAAGCAGCAGUUGGAAGAAGAGGUCAAGGCCAUUUAUGAUCUGCAGACCGUGGAAGAUGAUGCCAUCACUAAAGUAAGAUAACGUCAGUUCUGCUGUCUGUGUUAACAGUCAGGUAGUUAGCAUUGCCUAGCGAAAUCCAUACAAAGUCUACAACUCUUGUCAUUUUAGAAACAAUAUUUAGUGUAACUGAUAGAAGUGGCAGCAAUUAAAUUUAAUUGGAAGAAACCACACAGCCUAAAUUUGUUUUAUAAAAUACAUUAUUAAUAUAUUAAUAAUGGUAUAUUCUGAUUCAAAAGCCCUUUCCUUCUUAAAGCUGCCCCCCCCCCCCCUAGUUUUGACCUUGAAAAUUGUGUUACCCGCUCAUAAGCCGACCACAUUAUAUGCCAGGAGAAUCAAUACAUUACUAAAUUAAAAUAAUUUAUUUUAAAAUCCAAACUUUUAAAGAUAAUUAUUGUGUACUGUCGAGUAUGAGCGUUCAUUAGUAAUUGUUGCGACUCAAUAUUAUGUUCAUUAGUUGUUGAACGCUUUUCCCGCGCUUGACUAUUAUAGUUAGUGAACGCUCUUCCCGCCAUUGUCUCUAUGACGUAUUUUUAUGCUGAUUCAUGACGUAUUGUCUAUGCAGUAUUGUGACGUAUGUUUUAGUCGUGCGGCAGUCUUGAGUGGAACUUUGGAGUGAUAGGAUGUGUAUUAUUUAGGUCUGAUAGCGAGCUGCGCUAUAUUCACACGUGUAUGUGUAUUAUAUUUACUUAGAUAUUAAAGUUAUAGUUAUUAUGAAAAGGAGUUGAGUUUGUUCGAUGAUAGUGAGAAUAGUACGACGCUUCAACGUGUGAAAAGAACUUGAUGAAUGUAAUCAAUCCAAGAAGACAGUAGGAGUUGACAUGUACCAUAUGUAAAAAGACUUAAAAAUGAAUAAACAUACAGUACUAUGUACAACACAGUUACUCUCUUUGGGUGUCUGUCGGUAAUAUUGUAACCAUACUGAACAUUUCUAAAAAUAGGACCUCAGGGUACUACACUUUGAUUGUUCAUUGCAGGUACUUUGAUACUCUCUAAGCCAAUUGCGGCAACUGCAAAAUAAGGACAAAACAUGAUAAAACAUGUUAAAUUUUGCACACACAGUGGGAAGGUGUGGGGCCUGGGAGGCACUUUUUUCUUUGAAUGAGGGGAGGCAUUUUCGGACAACCGCAGAGUUUGGAAAAGGGUGGCAAUUUUCUUCAUCAUUUUUAUAAUAGAAUCAAUGUACCUGGAAAUAAUUAUAUGACCUGCUUAUAAGCCGACCACCCCUCUUAUUCCCCUAAAACUAUUUUUUUAUCAAAUUGGUUUAUGGUCAAACAGAUGCAGAAAUAUAAUAUUAGUCUACAAGACUUGUUAUAUUGCUUUAAAAACAAAAUUUUAAGAAAUUCUAAUAAAGGUUAACUUUGUUUCCACAACAGCUGCUCUGGGAAUCACUGUAAAAAUUAUUUUUAUUUCUGUCAAACAUAUAAUUCUGUCAAACAAUAACAUUUUUUAUUUCUGCCAAACAUAAUGUUAUUGUUCCAUUUUUUAAACUAUAAAACUGUGAUCAGACCAGUUGUAAGAUUUGCAAGUGAAACUUGGACCCUAACAAAAACAGCAGAAAACCUAUUAAACACAUGGGAGAGGAAAGUUCUCAGAAAAAUAUAUGGGCCAACAAAGGAUGAAUAUGGAUGGAGAAUACGAACCAACCAGGAAUUAUACAGUCUAUAUCAGGAUCCUACGAUAGUGGCAGAAAUAAAAAGAGGCAGGCUACGCUGGGCAGGACACCUAGAGAGAAUGCCAAAUGACAGAGGAAUGAAGAGGGUACAUCACCAAUACCCCAGAGGAAAAAGGCUCAAAGGCAGACCUAGGCUUAGGUGGAUAGAUGAUGUAGAAAAGAUCUACAGCAGCUGAAAGUCCAAGCAUGGAAAAGAAAGGCAUUAGUUAGGUCUGAGUGGAAGGAAGUGGUGAGGCAGGCCAAAGCCCUACAUGGGCCAUAGCGUCACAGGGAUGAUGAUUUUUUAAAAUGCAUUUUCUUGUGCAGUUUAGAAACCUCUGUAGUAAGGUUUCCCAACCUGUGGGUUUGAGGUGGAAUUUCAACAAAAACAUUUUAACAUUUGUUUUCUUGGCUGUACAGCUCUCUUUGUAAUGCCAUAAAUAAAAAUUAGAAGUCCAUGAAAUUUUUUUAAUACAUUGUUACUUUUUCAGGACAUGUGAGACUUAGUAAAAAAAUUUGUUAUGGUGCGAGACUUGGUAAAUUUGUUGAGGAUGCAGACAUUGAAAAGUUGGGAAAUCCUGCCCAGGACUGAAAAAGCCAUAAUUGUGCAUAAAGUCACAAUGGUCAUUACCAUUUCAUUUCUGAUUCAGUUUUUAAUUUUAAAAAUUCCUCAGGGCAAGUCUAUGCCUGUCAGUUGGUUCAGCAGAAUAGCCAGAAAUGUCCAGUCUAUGUGGUACAAAGAGGAUCCUUCACCAGCCCAGGUUGAGGUAAAUAAUGCUGUUUCUCGGUUUUUUAAAUUUUUUAAUUUAAGAUUUAAAAAAAAAACACACUGUAACUUGUUAAUUCAAGAUUUCUGAAAGCUCUUCACAAAACCCAAUUGCUUUGUUGGCCAUGAUUUGAAGGGAACCAAACAAGCGUAAAGAAAUGAAAUUCCGUUCCAUAAGUAUUUUUAAUAAUCGUAAAUAUUUUCCUUAUUUAUUUCUGUUCUUUGUUUUGGAUUUAAUAAUAAAUUGUGUGUGUGUGUUAAGAAUUGCAUUGUUUUUCUCUGAUCGUCCACAAAGCUUGAUUACUGGCGUGUGGUUGAUGAAAGAACCAAGCAUGUUAGUGUACAGUGUGGCCACAUCAAUACUCGGGCACAGGCAAGUGCCUUCCCCACACGCAAGGACAGCGCUUAUUCCAGGUCAGUCCUAUCCUUUCUCAUAUGAAAUUGUGAACUUCGUUGUUGUUAAGUUGUUUUAACGUGGCAGUUGUUGGCAAGUGUUCAACUUAGCUUAAAACGCUAGUUCCUUUGGUCUGUCAGAAUGGGCUCAGUUAAAAUUUACCUUAUUGGUACGUAAGAUUGUUGGUAAACUUUCCGUAAUAGACAAAUCUGGUCACCCAGAAUCAUUGUGUGUAAACUUUCAGUAAUAAAAAAAUCUGUUCAACUAGGAUCAGUGUGAUUUAACUUUCAGCAAUUAAAAAAAAUAUUUUCACCUAGAAUCAGUGUGUGUAAACUUUCAGUAAUAAAAAAAAUCUGUUCACCAAGAAUCAGUUGUAGAUGUAUGCACUAAAAUGAAUUAAAAAAUAGAACAAAGUUGAAAACUUGAAUGACUUAUAAAUUGGUAUGGAUGUUGAAAUUGUAAGUCAGUGGGAUAUAACUUUGGCUUAUUUGAUUAGUUUUCAUCUCAUUUAAAUGUUUAUUAACAGCUUUAUUUUUCCAUUCUCAGGCAUCCUUGGAACCUAAACAAUAUCCCAGAAAAUCCCAACUGUCUCCUGAAAUACCUCGGCCCUGUGUCAGGCAUCACCAUUCCCACGUUACACAUGGGCAUGUUAUUUUCUACCUCAUGCUGGUCUACUGACCCCCACUGUUUACCUUACAUACAGUAUCUUCACACAGGGGCAGAUAUUAUCUGGUCAGUAUUUAGUAGAACAGUGGUUCUCAACCUUUCUAAUGCCGCGACCCUUUAAUUCAGUUCCUCAUGUUAUGUUGACCCCCAGCCACACAAUUAUUUUCAGUUGGUACUUUAUAACUGUAGAGUAUAUGUGUUUUCAGAUGGUCUGAGGCGACCCCUGUGAAACGGUCGUGCGACCCUCAAAGGGGUCGCAACCCACAGGUUGAGCCCAGUGACUCCCCCUUCCAGUAACUGAGCACAGAAUUAGCCCCCUUCCAGUAAAGUAACGCCGUAUAUCCCAUCCAGGCUAUUUCUUUGGGUAUUUGCAUACGUUACCAUAUUUCUCUUGGGAAGUACCUGUAACUUUCUUAACACCAAGUAUUUAUUAACAUAAAACAGUCUCCAAAGUUGCUCAUGGUCCAUUGCAAACAAAUUUGAAAAAAAUUUACCUUUUAUCAUAUGUAUUUGUAUAGUUUACACUGCUUUAAAAAUGUAUGUGAGGUAUAAAUUAAUAUGAACCAUUUUGCAGGUAUUGCAUUCCAAAGUCACAGCGUUCAAAGUUCCGGCCUGCAAUGACAGAAUUAGCCCCCACAUUAUUAUGUAGCAAACCACGGUGGCUGAAGGAGGAUUGUGUCAUGGUAGGCCUUGGAAGGACAUACAAAUUUCAUUCACUCUUAAAAUUGUUGGAACCAAGUUACAAUACAUAAGAUAUUCUUUAAUUUAAACAUUGAUAUUUCACUCAUUGUUAGCUGUAUUAUUAUUAUUGUUAAUAGCCUACAUCAUUCUGUCUACAUACUUUAAUUAUGUUGUACAGCCCAGUUUCGAAGACCUGAUUAAUUUUCCUUGUGAUGUACAUUAUAUUUUCCGGCUGUUGUAAAAUUUUCUUGUUUUGAUUGUUUCCCACCUUUAGGUUAACCCGAGCCACCUCAGGGAACAUGGUGUCAAGGUCAGUCGGUGCAUCCACAGUGCACGCCAGUUUGUUGUUGUAUUUCCUGGCACCUACACCGCCACAGUGUCCUGUGGCUACAGUGUGUCUGAGAGCGUCCACUACGCCGCAUCAACCAGGUGGCUACCUAUGGGCAUGGAAGCAUCUCAGGUCAGUGAAAGUGUGUGCUCGGGCCUGACAACUGGUGUCACCACAAAAGUGUGUGCUCGGGCCUGACAACUGGUGUCACCACAAAAGUGUGUGCUCGGGCCUGACGAUUAGUGUCAACACAAAAGUGACCCGUAAAUAAACAUUUAAUUUUUACUUGGCAGGAAAUGUAUGCCAUGAACCCAAUUAUUUAAAAAGAAACCUGCUGUUAAGAUAGAUUUAAAGUAAGUCUAUAAUUUCAGCUGAAGUGGAGCAAAUUUUCAAAAUGAUGUCUGCAUAUGUAAAAGAUUGAUCAAUUUGAAUAUUUCUAAAAAAAAAUUAAAAUAAAAAUGUUUACUUUAGGCACUGACCAAAAGUGGAGAACGUGAGUUGUUCAGUAUGUGUUUACUGUUGUGUGGACUCAUGCAGGAUGAGAAAGUUGAUGCUGCAACAUUGACAGAAGCCCUUCCAUUGUUUUCUUCUUUGGUGUAAGUUUGAAUUGUAUCAUAUUUUUUCUUUGAGCUUACUGAGCCAGCUGAAUAAAUGAGACAUUGAAUAGAUCAUUAUCACCCAUGGUCCACGGUAGCAGCUCAUCCCGUAUGUACUGCUAGCUGAUGAAGUCACUGGUUUUGUGAUUUGUCUUUUUAAAUAUUUUUUUGGGAUCAUUUUUCUAAGGCAUAGCCAUCUAAUUGAUAGUCAGCAAGAACAUUGACUAAACUUCAAACUAGAAUUCAAAGGGGAAAUGGGAUUGCCUCAGUGAAAGACAUCAAGAAAAGGGAUAUUCAAUUUCCUAUUUGAUAAAUGUCCUUUACAAUGUUACUUGCCUAUAUACCUAUAUAAAUUUCAAUUAAUUUGAUCACGAAUGAAAUGAUUCAAUCGGUAUUUAUUAUUUUUUCCAAAGAUAUAAAGAACUGGACAUGAGAACCCAGCUGCACGCCGCCGGUCUGCGCAGUGAGAAAAGAUCCGUCUUUAAUCAAUCGCCGCCACCCGGUUCUGGCAACAAGAGGCGCUUGUCAGUUAUAGAAAAUGAAAAAGUCUGUGAGGUUUGCGAUAGGAUCUGCUUCUUGUCUAUGGUAAACUGCCCAACAAUAGAGCGGCUGUCAUACAAACUUCAUUAUGUCAAGUAAUAACAAGAGGCUUUGCAUAAGAUAAAGCUAAUGCUAAAAAAGUAGGUAGAAUAUUAUGAAAUAUAAAUACUUUUUUAGCAUUAGCUUCAUCGUAUCCCAAGCCUCUUGUUAAUGUUAUUACUUUACAUAAUGACGUUUUUAUGAUAGCGGCUCUAUCAGGUGGAAUAUUAUGAAAUAUAAAUACUUUUUUAGCAUUAGCUUCAUGGUAUCCCAAGCCUCUUGUUAAUGUUAUUACUUUACAUAAUGACAUUUUUAUGAUAGCGGCUCUAUCAGGUGGAAUAUUAUGAAAUAUAAAUACUUUUUUAGCAUUAGCUUCAUGGUAUCCCAAGCCUCUUGUUAAUGUUAUUACUUUACAUAAUGACAUUUUUAUGAUAGCGGCUCUAUCAGGUGGAAUAUUAUGAAAUAUAAAUACUAGCAUGAUGUAUAUCCCCCUGUUCACAGAAUGUAUGGUCUACCUUUUUUUCACACAAUGUAUGGUCUAUAUUUUCAUUCGCACAAAUGUACCCAUUCACACAAUGUUUAGACCACAUAUUCGCAUAAUGUUUAGCCUACCUACUAAAAAUGUGGACCCUUGCAUACAUGAAGUGGUCUGAAGGCUAAUGUAGCAAAUACAAAAUAAAAAUUAUGAUGUUUUUGCAGUGUGGUGGUAAUGUCCUAAAAAAUCUGUCAUUAAAUUAUUUAUCAUAUAAAUUCUUGAUUGUGUCCAAGUUUGUAAAUUCAAAUCAAAUUUCCUGAUAUUACCUUCAGUACUUUUGUGUUGUUGAGCCAUUUGUUUUGUUUUUUUUUUUGUUGUUUUUUUUAAUAUAUUGUGUUUUUUUUUCAUUCUGAUUGCUUGGUUUCAUUUUUUGUUCGGAUUCCGUUUGUUUAAUUUUUUUUAUACAUUUCUUUGGGAAUAAUGUAAUAGUUUGUGGAUAAAAUAUAAGCUUUGGGAAUAAUGUAAUAGUUUGUGGAUAAAAUAUAAGCUUUGGGAAUAAUGUAAUAGUUUGUGGAUAAAAUAUAAGCUUUGGGAAUAAUUUAAUAGUUUGUGGAUAAAAUAUAAGCUUUGGGAAUAAUGUAAUAGUUUGUUGAUAAAAUAUAAGCUUUGGGAAUAAAAAUAUAUUUCGGGGGAAUAUGCAUUAAUCAAAUAUGUUUCCAAUAAUAGUUUUGAAUAAGGAUCUUCAACAACAAUCAGAAAUUUUUUAAAAAUCAUUUUUAUUUAGUUAAAGAAAAAACUAACUAUUUAAUAAAGAGUAAAAGAAUAAAAAUAAAUAAACAUAUGGUAUAAUAUAAUAAACCUAGUUGCUAAUUACUAGUAAUAUAUGGUAUAAAAAUGAUGGUUGCUUUGAUGUUUUAAAAGAUACAUAUAGCUCCCACUUUCGAUCUUAUAAAAUAAAAUGUCACGAUGACCUUGAUGUACAGAAUAAUUGGGUAUGCGUUGUAAAAAAUAUUCAGAUAACGAUAAAUAAUUUUUUAAAAAAAUCAGAUGAUUUUUUAAUUUUGAAUAACUUUUCCAAUCCGUAAUUUUGAAUAACUUUUAGUGAAAGUAAUACUGUGAAAAUGGAGGCACAAUGUCUAGACCACAUAUUCACAUAAUGUUUAGCAUACCUACUAAAAAUGUGGAUCCUUGCAUACAUGAAGUGGUCUGAAGGCUAAUGUAGUAAAUACAAAAUAAAAAAAUUUCAGUAAUGUUAAAAUUAUGCUGCUUUUGCAGUGUGGUGGUAAUGUCCUAAAAAAUCUUUCAUUAAAUUAUUUAUCAUAUAAAUUCUUGAUUGUGUCUAUUAAGUUUGUAAAUUCAAAUCAAAUUUCCUGAUAUUACCUUCAGUACUUUUGUGUUGUUGAGCCAUUUGUUUUGUUUGUUUUUUUAAUAUAUUGUGUAUAUUUUUCAUACUGAUUGCUUGGUUUCAUUUAUUGUUAGGAUUCCGUCUGUUUAAUUUUGUUUAUACAUUGAGAGUAAUAUAAGAAGGACUGUGUCCGAGCCGAGUGAAGGAAAUUGAGGAAUGUUGAUUUUGUGUUCCCAAUCCAAAGCCGGCUGUCUGAGAUCUAAACUGAAUAUCUUUAUUUCUGAGUGAAGGUUCUGAAUGAACAAGAUGAGCAAGUCCUGUGCCUGGAACAUGGACUCAAACAUGUGCACAAGAAGAAGAACUUGAAAUCUACACGGCUGUUUCUUCGCUACAACCAGGUAAUUCUUUCAAAGUGCAGUUAAUAACUCGGGUCUUUUCACAACAUGUUCUUACACUUUUGAAUUUCAUCAAACUUAACCGUGUCUGAAUUCCAAAUAAAUUAUUGAGCAGGAAACAGUUUCAUAAGAUUAUUGAGAGGCUGCAGUAAUAAUAAUAAGAUGAUGUACUUAAUGUGAAUUUGUCUAAAAUAGAAGUAUUGCCAGUGAUAAUGCUCUUUUGAUUUCUACAAUGACAAAAUCGAUUCAUUUCCAUGUUUAGAAGUGCAAGAUAUAUCUUCUUAGGAUUAACUUUAAGUUUUUAAAAAUUCCAGACAGAACUUGAGCAGAUGUUAAAGAACGCCAAAGAUCGCCUGACUGUUCUUACCUCAAAAAUUGAGAGUAGUCCCUCUUCAAAUGGCAGCAAAAGCAGGACCAGUACGAAACAAACAUGAACAUUUUAAACUCCUCUUCUUUUCAACAAAUUCUCAAUUUCAAACCUUUUAAUUAUUUUUAAAUGGCAACAAGAUUGAGAUAAUUUUUUUACAUUUUUAAUGUUUGCACUUUUAGCAAAGGUUUAAAGUUCACAAAAUCAAUUUUUUAACUACAAUAGUUUUUAUACCACAUUAUUUUGCAAUAAAGUUUUUAAUGUUCGUUGGAUUUAAUAUAAGAAUAAAUUGUAUAUUAAUAAAUAUUACAUUUUUAUAAAAACUGAGUUGAUUUUUUUAAUGAAUUAUGCAAUUUUUAAGCUACCAUAUUCUAAAAAAUAAUAACCUAGGUGUUACAUUUAAAUUACAGACACUUCAUUUUGAUUAACUGGAAGACAAAGAAAAUGGAACGCUAUCAUUGAGAUUAUUUUGUGAGAAAACAGGUUUACAAUACAAGCCACUUUUCAAUGAUAGCGAUGCUUUCCAAUAAAUUUGUUAUUAACAAUCAAAUAGUAUAACAAGUUAUGUAAAAGCUUGAAUUAAAAGAUAGAACAAUAAGGUGUGAACAUUUUGGCUGAGAGCCAUCUUCAGGGAACAGGACAUACAAAAAUAUGACAAGAAACAGAGCAAAGUAAUAAAACUUUUAUAGAUAUCCUCUGUUGUUGCCAGAAGAAGGAUUUUUUCAAAACCAAAAAUUACAGGAAGGGAAAGAAUAUAUAUAUAUUGGUACUCUGAAAAAUAAGGUCCAGAUACAUUGUUCUACUAUUUCAUUCACACAGCUUGAAGGCAGUCCUUAAAACAAAGUCUCACAGCGUUGUCACUAAAUUCUUAUUGUAUGUGAAUGCAAUGAAAUAAUUUUAAUCUCUUGGUAGGUAACUAUGGAAAUACAUGCACAAUGACUUCAUUUAACCCAGAAAUAGGACCAAAACAUACACUUUUAACCCACACCUAAAAUGAAAAUACAAAGCUGAAUGUUUAACUUUUGUAAGCAAUUAAUGGAGGUUAUAAAUUUAGUAUGGCUCCCCAAGAUCAUGUGAAGUUUAUUAGAGAGCAUAGGGAUGAAUCUAUCCUACAAACACAUGUAGAUUCAUUCAAAAUGAUGCAAAAAUUGAUAUUAAUGAUCCUAUGGUUAAAGUAAGAUGACUUUGCAUUGGAUUUUAAAGAAAUUAUACCCGGACUAAUAAUUCUAAAGAUGCAGUCGGACAGUAACAAUGAAUUUACCUAUAUGCAUUUAGCAUAUUUUUAAGCUAAUGGUUCUAAAAUAUAGACUGAGCUAAAACGAAUAGUUAAGGUGGACUUGUUUCAAGUUGAUUUCAGAAAUGUGUUUUAGCUGGACCUGCAAUUUUAUAAUUUUAAAUUAUAAUUUUAAGUUUAACUGCAGUUAUAGUGGCACAUGGAGCUAUUUUUUCUUGGUGGAGGUGCAAGUAGUUCUAAAACUAUCAGUUUUAGAUGGACAAUUCAAUAAAUGGUUCUAAAACUAUUAGCUUUAACCUUUCAACAAGUGGUUCUAGAACUGUUUCUAAGGUGGACCUGCAACAAGUGGUUCAAGAACUGUUUGUUUAGAUGGUCCUAGCAACAACAAAAAAAGAAGGGGGGGGGGUGUUCUUAAGCAAUUAGUUCUAUGUGGACCUGCAACAUGUGGUUCUAAAAGUGCAUAAUUCUGAUUGACUUGGGUCUGAUCUGUACUGUUGUCUCAAAGUCACAUCACCUGGUUGCCAUUCUUGUGAUGGCUUGCAAGUGGCUUUUAAUCUCUGUGAAAUAUCAGCAUUUUAUUUUUAUUUAUAUCAUGAAUUUUUUAAAGAAAUAAACAAACUGAAUUUUUAACACAUCUUUUAUUAAUAUAUUAAUAAAAUAUUUCUUUAGAUAUAAAGAAAAUACAUAUUCAUUCAAAUAAUUUUUUGUUCAAACCUCAACAUAUUAUAUUGUCAUUUUUUAAAUUUGAAUUAAUUUGAGAUACUGUAACACCUCUAAAUUAAUCAGUUGAAUUUUAAGACAUUUGCCAUUCUCCAAGAUUGACUAAUUAAUCUUUCAUAAUCACAGUUUGCUUUUUAAAUUAAAUUUUAACAAUUAUUUUUAACAAAUAAUUAAUUUAAAGCAUGGAAACGCAACAAGAUACACAUAUCAUGCUAGAUUUUUAUUCAAAGUACAUUUCGACUAGUAAUUUUUCUUAAAAUGAAAAUGCUCUUUACACCAGCCAUCAAAGUUUGUAGAUUACCUACAACCAAAGAAAAUACACUUAAAAAGAAAGUUUGAUAUUAAUUGGGGGUCUACCAAAAAACCUGUGAAAUAUAUUCUAACCUCAAGAAAGCUCCCUUUGGUCCUCAGUAUCUGAGCAAUGGCUACAAGAGGAAUGGGAAGGAACCAAACGACUGCAAUGAACCAUCCGAAUGCUAUCCCAGCUGAAGUGAACUUGUAACCUUCAAAAGUAGGGGCUUCGUAACUCAUCAGUGAUGUUACCAGCACAACCUGGCAUCGACACAAGUCAUAAUUCUUUCAAUACCGGUACAAACAUUUUAAAAAAAACCAGCUAAAAUAUAUUUUCACGUUCAAGUUUGCUUAACCUUACAAGUACAGUAAUAUAAUUAAAACCGAUAGAAAAUAAAAAUAUGAUGUUACUAUUUCAACAUGGAUUUAUUGAUUAAAAGUUUUUUUUUUUUCUGAAACAAUAACUGUAUAACUUACUAUGAGCAGAGCUGGUGUAAUAAAUCUCCAUAAAAUAUUAAACAUGUAAGGAGGCCUAUACCCCAUCAUUCUCGUCACAUCAUCAAUAAAGU